AGGGCGGGGCAGGGAGGCAGCAUGCUAAACCGGGUGCGCUCGGCCGUGGCGCACCUGGUGAGCUCUGGGGGCGCUCCGCCUCCGCGCCCCAAAUCCCCGGACCUGCCCAACGCCGCCUCGGCGCCGCCCGCUGCCGCUCCAGAAGCGCCCAGGAGCCCACCUGCGAAGGCUGGGAGCGGGAGCGCGACGCCCGCUAAGGCUGUUGAGACUCGAGCGAGCUUCUCCAGACCGACCUUUCUGCAGCUGAGCCCCGGGGGGCUGCGACGCGCCGAUGACCACGCGGGCCGGGCUGUGCAAAGCCCCCCGGACACGGGCCGCCGCCUGCCCUGGAGCACAGGCUACGCCGAGGUCAUCAAUGCUGGCAAGAGUCGGCACAAUGAGGACCAAGCUUGCUGUGAAGUGGUGUAUGUGGAAGGUCGGAGGAGUGUUACAGGGGCACCUAGGGAGCUUAGCCCAGGCCAGGGACUCUGCUUCUACUACUGGGGCCUAUUUGAUGGUCAUGCAGGGGGUGGAGCUGCUGAAAUGGCCUCACGGCUCCUGCAUCGCCAUAUCCGAGAGCAGCUAAAGGACCUGGUAGAGAUACUUCAGGACCCUUCGCCACCACCCCUCUGCCUCCCGACCACCCCGGGGACCCCAGAUUCCUCCGAUCCCUCUCACUUGCUUGGCCCUCAGUCCUGCUGGUCUUCACAGAAGGAAGUGACCCACGAAAGCCUGGUAGUGGGGGCCAUUGAGAAUGCCUUCCAGCUCAUGGAUGAGCAGAUGGCCCGGGAGCGGCGUGGCCACCAAGUGGAGGGGGGCUGCUGUGCACUGGUUGUGGUCUACCUGCUAGGCAAGGUGUACGUGGCCAAUGCAGGCGAUAGCAGGGCCAUCAUUGUCCGGAAUGGUGAAAUCAUUCCAAUGUCCCGAGAGUUUACCCCGGAGACUGAGCGCCAGCGUCUUCAGCUGCUUGGCUUCCUGAAACCAGAGCUGCUAGGCAGUGAAUUCACCCACCUUGAGUUCCCCCGCAGAGUUCUGCCCAAGGAGCUGGGGCAGAGGAUGUUGUACCGGGACCAGAACAUGACCGGCUGGGCCUACAAAAAGAUCGAGCUGGAGGAUCUCAGGUUUCCUCUGGUCUGUGGGGAGGGCAAAAAGGCUCGGGUGAUGGCCACCAUUGGGGUGACCCGAGGCUUGGGAGACCACAAGCUUAAGGUCUGCAGUUCCACCCUGCCCAUCAAGCCUUUUCUCUCCUGCUUCCCUGAGGUACGAGUAUAUGACCUGACGCAAUAUGAGCAUUGCCCAGAUGAUGUGCUAGUCCUGGGAACAGAUGGCCUAUGGGAUGUCACUACUGACUAUGAGGUAGCUGCCACUGUGGACAGGGUGCUGUCGGCCUAUGAGCCCAAUGACCACAGCAGGUAUACAGCUCUGGCCCAAGCUCUGGUCCUGGGGGCCCGGGGUACCCCCCGGGACCGUGGCUGGCGUCUCCCCAACAACAAGCUGGGUUCCGGGGAUGACAUCUCUGUCUUCGUCAUCCCCCUGGGAGGGCCAGGCAGUUACUCCUGAAGGGCUGAACAUCAUCCCUCCCACCACCAUCCCAGCCUCUCCAUACUUACUCUUCUCACAGCCCAAAUUCUGAAGUUGUCUCCCUGACCCUUCUUUAGUGGCAGCUUAACUGAAGAAGGGAUGCCCGCUAUAUCCAAAAUUAUAGCUAUUGGCAAAUAAACCAGAUGGAUAAAGGUG